AUGAGGACAAUCCUAACUUUGGUCACCUUGUUAAUAGCUCACACUUCUGCUUGGCCUGUAAGAGUCCGUUUUAUCUGUUUAACUGAAUAUUUCAUUUCAGAUAUGGAUCGGAGGCAUCAUCAACAGAAAUGAGCCUGAUCAAGGUGCAUGGUAAAUCGAGUUUUUUUUUCAUGUUGAACAAUUUCAGGAUUAGCUCAACCGCACUCGAAUGAUUCCGAGGUUACUUUUCUUCCAAUAAGAGAAGUCCCUUUAGAACUAUUUGAUGUCCUGUAUGAUGUUCUCUAAAGAGUUUUAUUAAUAUUCAUAGAUGAAGACACACGGUCAAAAACAGAAUUAGAAAAAGCUUAUUGAAAGAUCUUUUAUUGGGAAAUUGUUGGUUUUUGUGAGAAAAUAUUCUUCAGGUUUUCGGUUAGUACAUCAUAAAGUUUUAUAGACCUUUUUUUAAGCACUUACAACUUUUUGUGUAGAUUGAUAAAUUGUCCUCAGAAAAUAGGAAUUUUUUUGUGAAAGUAAAUAAAAAUUUUCACAUUUUUCAAAUUUCAGACAACUGAAAAACAAGCAAAAGCAGCGGAAACGGAAAAAAAAUUCAAGAGAGGUAAGUGAAAAAAAAUUGCAACUUUGCAAAAAUUUUAAUCGAGGCUUGAUUGAAAAAAUGAAAAGAGAAAUUCACUUAUUUCAGCUGUUGAAAUUAUUAUAUAAAUCCCCUUUUUUUCCAAUGUUUUAUUUUGGUUGUAGAUGUCAAAUUAUCCUUGGGAGAGGUGGCAUCAGGUUUAUCUGAGGAUUCGUUGACAUCAACGUUGCAACCGCUCGAGACAAGUUCUGCAGGUAUAACUUUAAAGCCUUAUUUUUCUUACAAUCGUGAAUUAAUCAGCGUCUUCGGUUGAGUCAACGACAGUUUUUAACACGGAAGUUUUAUCGACGUCUCCUUUUCCCGACUCAACAACCAACAUUCUGACUGAUGUCUCAUCAUCUGAGCCGCCUUCUAUUGGAUUCACCGAGUCAUCUACAGGUAUGUUUUCUCACGAAAUCAUCGAGAAAAAAAAAAUCAUUUAAAAGGUUUACCUUCGAAAAACGAUACGAAGUCUACAUUAGAACCUGAUGACUUCACGACAUCAUCUACUGACACGUUCUCAACAACACGAUUGCUUACCGAAGUUGUAUCCACGACACCCAGUGUUGACAGAACCACUGGAAUAUCUUCUACAGCUGUUCCUGCCGCAUUUUCGACCGAAGCGACAAUGCCCUCUACACCAUCCGUUCAAAUCACUUCGACUUCCGCGGACUUUUCAAGAAGAGAACUACAAACUGAAGCUCCUGAGAGCGUUCAAAGUACAACUUCGGCGUCUGAUAUAGCGUCGUCAACAGCUGCUCUUCCGUCUGAGGCUCGUUCUUCCAGCUUGCAAGCUUCGAAAUCGACCACGGCUUCUCCUUCACCCGCUGUUUCGACAGAAGUUAUCUUGUCCUCUACACCGUCCGUUGACGUCACGGCGACUUCCGCGGACUCUUCAAGAAGAGAACUACAGACUGAAGCUCCUGAAGGCGUUCCAAGCUCAACUUCGGCGUCUGACUUAGCGUCUUCAACAGCUGCUCUUCCGUCUGAGGCUCGCUCUUCCACCUUGCAAGCUUCGAAAUCGACCACGGCUUCUCCAUCCUCCGCACUUCCGACAGAAGCUCUCCUGACCUCUACACCGCCAGUUGACGUCCCGGCGACAUCCGCGGACUCUUCAAGAAGAGAACCACCGACUGAAGCUCCUGAAAGCGUUCAAAGCUCAACUUCGGCGUCUGUCUUAGCGUCUUCAACAGCUGCUCUUCCGUCUGAGGCUCGCUCUUCCACCUUGCAAGCUUCGAAAUCAACCACGGCUUCUCCUUCACCCGCACUUCCGACAGAAGCUCUCCUGACAUCUACACCGCCUGUUGACGUCCCGGCGACUUCCGCGGACUCUUCAAGAAGAGAACCACAGACUGAAGCUCCUGAAGGCAUUCAAAGCUCAACUUCGGCGUCUGACUUAGCGUCUUCAACAGCUGCUCUUCCGUCUGAGGCUCGCUCUUCCACCUUGCAAGCUUCGAAAUCAACCACGGCUUCUCCUUCACCCGCACUUCCGACAGAAGCUCUCCUGACCUCUACACCGCCUGUUGACGUCCCGGCGACUUCCGCGGACUCUUCAAGAAGAGAACCACAGACUGAAGCUCCUGAAGACGUUCAAAGCUCAACUUCGGCGUCUGACUUAGCGUCUUCAACAGCUGCUCUUCCGUCUGAGGCUCGCUCUUCCACCUUGCAAGCUUCGAAAUCAACCACGGCUUCUCCUUCACCCGCACUUCCGACAGAAGCUCUCCUGACCUCUACACCGCCUGUUGACGUCCCGGCGACUUCCGCGGACUCUUCAAGAAGAGAACCACAGACUGAAGCUCCUGAAGGCGUUCAAAGCUCAACUUCGGCGUCUGACUUAGCGUCUUCAACAGCUGCUCUUCCGUCUGAGGCUCGCUCUUCCACCUUGCAAGCUUCGAAAUCAACCACGGCUUCUCCUUCACCCGCACUUCCGACAGAAGCUCUCCUGACCUCUACACCGCCUGUUGACGUCCCGGCGACUUCCGCGGACUCUUCAAGAAGAGAACCACAGACUGAAGCUCCUGAAGGCGUUCAAAGCUCAACUUCGGCGUCUGACUUAGCGUUUUCAACAGCUGCUCUUCCGUCUGAGGCUCGCUCUUCCACCUUGCAAGCUCCGAAAUCGACCACGGCUUCUCCAUCCUCCGCACUUCCGACAGAAGCUCUCCUGACCUCUACACCGCCAGUUGACGUCCCGGCGACUUCCGCGGACUCUUCAAGAAGAGAACCACAGACUGAAGCUCCUGAAGGCGUUCAAAGCUCAACUUCGGUGUCUGACUUAGCGUCUUCAACAGCUGCUUUCCCGUCUGAGGCUCGCUCUUCUACCUUGCAAGCUUCGAAAUCGACCACGGCUUCUCCAUCCUCCGCACUUCCCACAGAAGCUAUCUUGUCCUCUACACCGUCAGUUGAGGCCACAACAACUUCCGCGGACACUUCAAGAAGAGAACCACAAACUGAAGCUCCUGAGAGCGUUCAAAGUACAACUUCGGCGUCUAAUUUGGCAUCAUCAACGGCUGCUCUCCCGUCCGAGACUCGCUCUCCAACUUUGCAAGGUUCAAAAUCAACCACGGCUUCUCCAUCCUCCGCACUUCCGACAGAAGCUAUCUUGUCCUCUACACCGUCAGUUGACGUCACGGCGACUUCCGCGGACUCUUCAAGAAGAGAACCACAAACUGAAACUCCUGAGAGCGUUCAAAGUACAACUUCGGCGUCUAAUUUGGCAUCGUCAACGACUGCUCUCCCGUCCGAAACUCGCUCUCCAACUUUGCAAGAUUCAAAAUUAACCACGGCUUCUCCUUUAAACGCUCUUCCGACCGAAUCUCUCGUGACCUCUACACCAGCUAUUGACGCCACAACGACUUCCGUGGAUUCUUCGAGAAGAGAACUCCAAACUGAAGCUCCUGAGAGCGCUCAGAGCACAACCGCGGCAUCUGAUUUGACGUCAACAGCUGUGCUCUCUACAAUACCUCCUAGAAACUCUUCAACGGAUGUGCUCUCAUCGACCAUGCCUUCAAAAGACGUUACAGAAUCCUCAACAGAGCCUUCAAAAUCGCCUCGAAUCGGUGCGCGUCCUUUUGCAGUGCCGGCGGCAGAAGCCCCUGCUCCAACUACGCCAAUAAAGGAUGGCGUCGUUCUCCCGGAGGGUUGGAAUAAUUCUGAUGAUUCCUGCGAAUCCGGUGACUGUGACUCUUCGUGCGAAUCAAGCGACUGUGAUAGUUCCAGUGACGCAGAUUCAGACACGUCCUAUUCUGGCUAUUAUUGA